UUUGGUCGAGAUAAUGGGGCCCGAUGGGCGGCAGUGGCGCUGGACACUUCCGCGUGACCCUGUCGCUGCGCCGGGAGCCCAACGCUCGGCCGGUUUACUGCAAAAUGGAGACAUCGAGCAAAUUCCGGCAGCUGAAGACCGUGAAGCUAAGCGCCGAGGCGACCUACAGGCUCGACAUAAGCUUCAAGCCGCCCCGGGUCCUGCAAGGCCUGGAGAUCGGCGGGAAACCGGUGGAGGCGAUCGAGCGAGCACGAGACGGCACGGCUUGCGCGUACAGCGCCUACCACAGCACCAAGGACGCGACGGCGAGCUUGCGAGGCCAACGCGAGGAGUUACCCAUUGCGAUACGUGUCCAGGACUCGGGCCGCCUGAACACUUGUCUCCAGAUAAAGUACUACCGCGCCGAGGACAAGCACUGCGAAAUAGGACCUGGCACCGCCAAGUUGCACUGCAUAGAACUCGACUGCACGAAUGUAAAUGGUCAGCUGGUCAUGGUCGAUAGGGAAAAUUACCGGAAGCUCGGCAUAGCCACCUGACCUGACCCCCCGACGCACCAAUCCAUCACGAGUACACGCAGCCAUAGCUGUCACUCCUCAUCUUUCAAGAUGAGCAGCGCUUUGGGCUCGAUCGGUUGCACCGAUUCUCUCAUGCCGAUCCAUUUUUGGACGGCCGAUCGAGCUUACAUACGUUGCGUAGGGGCUGUCGUUGCUACUGCUGCUGCUGCUGUUGUUGUUGUUAUUGUUGUUGUUGACGUGGUUGGGCCUGGUUGCGCUGGCACUCUGGCACGAAGUAUCGAAAAAAAAAAUAUAUAUAUAUAUAUUUAGUGUUUUUUUUUUGUUUUUUUGUUUUUUUGUUUUUUUGUUUUUUUUUUCUCGAUCGAACCGACUCUCUCCUCGUUCGCGCGCUCGUUUUCGCUUGCAAAGGGCCUGGUGCCACUUUCACGGGGUGGCCGAAGAUUGCACCGGGACGCCUGAUUUUCUCAGAACAGAGACCGCACAAGUCUCGAAUGAAUGACCUCUACGAAAGACAUCAAUUAUAACGGCCAUCUUUUAUAAUCCAACCACUUUUUUGGAGAUCAUUUUUCGCGUUCUUUCUCUCUGUUCUCAGAUAAUUGGCCAUCACGGUAGUUUUUGGACACCUUGUACACAUAUUAUUUGUAUACAGAUUUCGUUGGCGUGCACAUAAAUAUUGUUAUACAUGUGAGGGACGUAUGUGUGCGCGUCGCUUAGCUAAAUACUGAUUAUAGUGAUAUUUUUUAAUUUUUUUUUUUCUCUACUGAUUGGUGAUACAAUGGUGAGGAUUUUUUGGCGUUAUUUUUAUCAACGUUGUUCGAUGGAAAGAAAGUUUUCUUCGUCAAAAAUCAACAGUGUACAUAAAUGUUUUUUUCAUUCCCCAAAAUAACCAUUGGGUAUGCAUUAAGUGUGAUUAAUUUUCCUUGUAUAUUUUAUAUUUUAAAAAUAGCAAAGCAAUACUUUCUCAAGCUUGUACCAAGUUUUUAAUCGCACGAGGAAUUCUGAUUUUUUUUCGUCACAAAAAACUACUAAUAAUCAAAUCCUCACCAUUGAUAAUAAUUUAAAAAGCAUUUUUGCUGUAAAAAGAUACAAAUGUAAUAACUUGUAAGAAGAGACCAUUAUUUUUUGUUUUUUAAGUUUAAAUGUAAAAUUGGACCAGCUUUUAAAAAGCCACAAAUAUAUUACCUAUAUUUGAAUUUGAAAAUUUACAAGCUUAACGAAUAUUAAUAAAAAAAAAAAUUUUUCUAACUUGCUAAGGCAUCUUUUUAUGAUAAUACAUUAUUAACCAAUGGAUAACUAUACACAUAUUAUACAAUUAACGAUAACGAAAAGUUCAAUUAAAAUUUAUAAAGUAUACUUGCUACUUUAUCAAGUAAAAUCAAAGUAUAAGAAAAAAAAUUAAUAAGUGAAUAAGCUACUGCAUGAAAUUAGAAUAAAAAUAUUAAAUCUUCAAGUUGCCUUCAAACGAAAUUUGCUAUUAAAAUACGUAAAACACAAAAAAGUAGAUGUUAAUAUUGUUUAUGAAGAAUUACUUUUAGCGAAGAAAAGUUUGUUUUCUGAAAACCAGUAUUUGAAACACAUACAAAUUAUUGUGUUAAUAUUAGAAAAAAACUAGCUAUUAACUGUACACAAUUUCGUUGAUAGUUUAAUUGUCAAUAGUUUUUAUUUUUAUUUGUGCAAAUCGUUAAUUAUUAUUACAGAUGUUUUCGUAUUAUUAAAUUUUUUAUCGAUUAUAUCAAUAAUAAAAUAAAUGACAACAAUACGUAGCUAGUCGUCAAGUACCUAAACGCAACAGCAAUCGUAUGAUUUUUGCUGUAAAUGAAAAGUUGAUCUUUUCAGCGUCCAACUCGAUUAAUAAAAUGCUACAAGUUUAUCGUUGCCUAGAUUUUUCCUCUUUAUAUAGACAAUUUUGUAGAAUAAUAUAUUACACCGGCUGGCAUAGUCCGGUCGUUGGCUCUGUUGUCGGAAACUCAUCUCCAACGAAGUUAAGCUUUUGACUUUUUGGAUGGGCAACCUUUUUUUGUAUGAUAAAAUGUAAUGUAUAAAAAAAAAGAAAGAUAAUUACAUAUAAUAAUAUAAUGCAAAACUGGUGCUGCGACUCACCAAAGCUUCACGCGAUUUAACUUUAACAAUAAUAAUAUUAAUAAUAAUAAUUACACUUUUUUACAUCUCAAGCGUACUUUUUGCAUUAGUAAAGAUUUUUGCGAUUUUUCGAGAUAUCUAUAUAAAUAUAUCCAAGCAAAAUAAUAUAUACACCUAUCACGAAAAUAAGUAGAAACAUAUCAUUCUUACGAAUUUUUUAUAGCUUUAACUAUUAAAAGAAUACGAUUUUUCAAGAAAGUUUGCAAAAACUUUUUCAAUAUUAUAUUGUUUGUAUGGGAAAAAAAAGUUGGUGAAUAAAAUAUAUUUUAUUCACGCGUUUAACUCUUUACAGCGCACUUUUACACUGUCAAUAAGUAGGAAAAAAA